AACCGGUUAGAGCAGUUUCCUUACGGACACCGACACGCACUUAAAUUUAGCCUUUUCCUCUCUUUCGUUCCUUUUUUUUUUCCCUACGUUCGUAAGCGAGCGUGCGAGCGUAUAUCCGCGGCACACGUCCGACAUCUGAUAUCGCGACAUAUGCAGGCAUUUUCCACCGAAAUCAAGUUACGAUAUUUUCCCCAGGUGUGCGCGCGAAGUGGGUCGCUUCCGCAACGAUGUUCUCACGCUGAAACGUCAAAAUCACCUGUUGCAGAUGUGCACGUGAUAUGAGCGAGAUAUAUGACGGCCGGAUACGCCACACACACGUCCGACAAGUGCAUGCUCUCAUAAUCAUAACCUAUAGCGUAUAUAACUGGGCAGCUGCUCGUCAUCAGCGAUAACUACAACAACAAUAACAACUCGGCAUGCCGAUCGUUUGACCGGUUCCGCCCGUCAGGAUGGUACACUCCUGAAAAAGAUGUUGCUCACCCGCCGCAAGUCCCUGCUGAAACUGUCCUUCUGCACACUGUACAUAAUCGGCAUUCUGAUCAUCGCCAAGCAAAUAUUUCGCGGCAGCGACAGUUCCAGGCUCUAUAAAGAGCAGCUCACGCAGCUCCUGUCGAGGCACGGCAAUAGCUCGCAGAGACGGAAAGAUGUGGACGUCGCGCUACAGAGAUUACAGAUGGAGAGGUACGAGCAGCGGAUAUCAAAGUUGGAACGUGGUGUUGUACCUGGUCUUGGGGACGACGGAGAACCCGCUUACCUGUAUGGAAAAGAGAAGAUUCUAGGUGAAGCAGCGCUUGCGAAAAAAGCGUUGAAUGUCGUCCUCUCGAAUAAGAUAUCGUUAACCAGAAAAUUACCAGAUGUACGCAACCCGCUAUGCGCGAAUCUCACAUAUGACAGAUUAUUACCAAGUGCUAGUAUAAUAAUUAUUUUUUAUAACGAACCAUGGAGUGUCCUGUUACGCACGGUACACAGUGUCUUGAAGGGUUCCCCGCCAAAUUUGUUAAAAGAAAUUAUUUUAGUGGACGAUCAUAGUGAAGAAGAAGAACUUCAGGGACAAUUGGAUUAUUAUCUUUCGACGCGUUUGCCCGCGAAAGUAAAGCUACUGAGGUUACCACACAGACAAGGAUUGAUACGUGCUCGUCUUCACGGGGCUAAAAAUGCUAUGGGCGACGUUCUUGUCUUCCUGGAUGCACACUGCGAAGUUAUUAAAAACUGGUUAGAACCUCUGCUGCAACGAAUAAAGGAUAAUAAGAAUGCUGUGCUAAUGCCAAUAAUUGAUAACAUUUCUGAGGAGACGUUAGAAUAUUUCCACGAUAACGAAGCGUUUUUCUUUCAAGUCGGUGGUUUCACGUGGUCGGGACAUUUCACGUGGAUAAAUAUUCAGAAGCACGAGGUCGAAUCGCGUUUGUCUCCUAUAUCACCGACUAGAUCUCCUACCAUGGCAGGCGGUCUAUACGCUAUCAACAGAGAAUACUUUUGGGAGAUCGGUAGUUACGAUGACAAGAUGGAUGGUUGGGGCGGCGAAAACUUGGAGAUGUCUUUCAGAAUUUGGCAAUGCGGCGGUACACUAGAAAUCAUUCCUUGCUCUCGGGUCGGCCAUAUCUUUCGAAACUUCCAUCCAUACAAAUUUCCAAACGACAAAGAUACUCACGGAAUAAACACCGCUCGUUUAGCAUUUGUAUGGAUGGACGAAUACAAACGAUUGUUUUUACUUCAUCGCAAUGAGUUCAAGGACAACCCGAAAGUCGUUGGCGACAUAAGCGAGCGUUUGGAAUUGCGGAGGAGGCUCAAAUGUAAGAGUUUCAAGUGGUACCUCGAUAACGUUUACCCGGAAAAAUUCAUCCCGGAUGAAAAUGCAAUAGCUUACGGCCGUGUCAGAUUGCGCAAGAGACGACUGUGCUUAGACAACUUGCAGCACGAGGAGGACAAACCGUAUAAUUUAGGUUUAUAUAAUUGCCACGCCAAGCUGUAUCCAAGUCAGUUCUUCUCGUUGAGCAAGUCCGGCGAAUUACGGAGAGAAGAGACCUGUGGCAGAAUAUUGGAUAUCGAUUCGAAGCCGUACGCACAAGUUCAGAUGUCUGACUGCAAUAUUGAGAAGGAUGAAAAGAAAUGGGUGCUAACGAAGGAGGGAAGAAUUAGACACGUAGAAACUGGUCUCUGUCUCGAUGGUACUAAACUACAUAACGACGAAAACGUGCAGGCGACUCUCUGCAGUGAUGUACCAGAUCAAUUUUGGAAAUUUGAUUUCUACUCUAAUAAAGCGUUGUCUACAUAGCAUUGUGUGUUCGUCUAUUUAGAGUAUAUUGUGUUAUUUGUUAAUUGAAUAAACAUUUUUUUUACUCUUUUUGUAAAAUA